AAACCCCCAAAAAAUGUUUCUAAAGAAAGCAGAAAGGUGAAAGGUGAGUUGAUCUAGACUUACAUAAUCAACCCAUUUUCAUUAAGGGUGGGUGGAGCGAACCAAAUUAAAGUAAUGGCAUUAGAUGCACCCAUUUAUUAUCAACAACAAGACCUUUUUGGUCAUAAUAAUGGCACCAAUAAUAACCAUAUCUACCCUUUAUUACAAGCUGCAUCAUCUAGUUAUUUCCCUGAUUAUACCCAUGAUUCUUUCUUUAAAACCCAUGAUCAAUCCCAACAAAAUCUUUCAUUUUCCACAUUUAAUCAAGAUUAUUAUUCUACUUUUAAUGAUUUUCUUGAUGAUAACCCACUAGAAUUUGAUUGGCAUUCUUAUUAUUAUAAUAAUCAUGGGAUUAUUAACCAUGAGUUACCCCAAUUGAAUAGUUAUGAUUAUGAAUGUUGGGGUUUGGUUGAUAAUAAUAAUAGUAAUAGUAAUAAUAAUAAUUGUUCGUCGUCCCCGGACCAUGAACAGACUGUUCAUGGUGGGGACGACGGUGUUGGUUUGGAGAAUGUGAGGAUGAGGCCGAAGCAGCGACGACGUGCGAGAGCUAAGAAGAAUAAGGAGGAAAUUGAGAAUCAAAGGAUGACUCAUAUUGCUGUUGAAAGGAAUAGAAGGAAACAAAUGAAUGAGUAUUUGAAUAUGCUUAGAGAUUUGAUGCCUCAUUCUUAUGUCCAAAGGGGGGACCAAGCAUCAAUAGUAGGAGCAGCAAUCAACUUUGUUAAAGAGCUGGAGCAUAACCUACAAAAUUUAAGUGCUAAGAAGCAAAUGAAAGAAAAUAUUAAUACAAAAUCCACAUUAUUGCCUUUUGAAGAUUUCUUUAGCUUCCCACAAUUCUCCAGUAAUGCACAAAUAAUUAAUGAUGAUCCAAUGAUGUCCGGCGACGCCGCGACCAGCCACCACCACAACAACCACCGUGAGCAGCCGAGUAAUGGUGGGUUGAGUGGUGCGGAUGUGGAGGUGUCAAUGGUGGAAAGCCAUGCUCAUCUUAAGAUACGUUUAAGGAGAUCACUUAAGCAUUUGUCUAAGCUUGUUUCUGGUUUACAUUGUUUGAGGCUGGUCAUUCUUCAUCUUAAUGUCAACACUUCUGAUGAUGGUGUUGUUCUUUACACUUUCAGUCUCAAGGUGGAAGAUGAGAGCAAGCUGAGUUCAGUGGAUGAGAUUGCAAGGGCGGUGUACGAAUUACUAGGUAGGAUUCAAGAAGAAAAUAAUUAGAUGGUUUUAACUAAAUAUUAGUAAAUCAAAUCUUGAUUAAGUGUUGCUUAAUUAGUCAAAUUAGCCAGUUUUCUUACUACCUAUAUAUAGCUGGCUGCACAAUCCUAUAUCUUCCCCCUUUCUCACCCGUGAUGUGAGUUAAUUGAUCUUUUUUUUUUGUGAUUAAACAUGUAUGAGCAUAAUAUAAAUUUCUAUUGCCAAAAUUCUAACUUGUGACUAAUUUUGUCAUUUUAUUAAGAAAUCAAGGUUUUCGUUGUCUAAUUAGUAGAGCUAGCAAUUGCUAUAAUGCUUAUUUUCCAAUACAGGUUGACUUCAGUCGCCCGAAAAAUGUUGAGAGUAUAUAAUAUUUCAUUGACUUGAACAAAAAUUUAAAGUGAUAGUUGACGCUUUAGAAAUCCAGAAUAUAUAUCAUGUCAAAUAAUAGUAAAGGUGCUAGGUCGGAUACUUGUAAUAGUAGAGAUGGAUCUAGCAACAUUAAGACCAUAAUAUGUUAAAACUGUCAGGAAUCAGGACAUUUUAGGUCUAAAUGUCCAAAAUUAAAGAAUAAAUCUUAG